AUGUCUCACUCUCGUUAUAUCGAAUUGCUUCGAUUUGCAAGUGAUAACGAAGAAGAUGGUUUCGAGGUGCGAUGUGAUAGUUUUAAAAAUUCAAAGACUGGGAAACGAUCACACACGGAAAUUGCCUUUCCGACGGAAAGUAAUUGCAGAAGAAAAAGAAAACCAUUUACUCCGAAUGUGAUACCUUAUCAAGAUACUGUGCAAACAAAUUUUGAUCUGGAUAAUACAAUUAGUAAAUAUAGAACACUUGAGGAUGGUCCAUUUCCAGAGGAGGUACUAACUUCUAUUCAUCGUUUUCAUUUAAAGAAGACUUUUGUUGCUUUUGACCAUCUUGGAGGAACGUAUAGACCUCAUAGGAAGGAUUUUUAUGGUAAAAGAUUGACAGACUUUCAGUUGACAAAAGAACAGGUGGAAAAUCAAAAACCAAAGAAGGAGGAAAAAUCAGUAAGAAAACGACGUGAAAAAAGCCCAUUUGCUAAAGUAUGCAAAAAAUUGAAGCUUACAGUGGAUUCAUCAAAUCUUGCAAAGCAAGCUAUCAUCACCAAGUACUUUCCAAAAAUCAAGUUACCUGAUGAUUUUGUUUACAUCAUGUCAAAUGAACGAAAAACCACCAAGCAAUCAGACAAAAAGCAUCAAGAUCAUUGUCAUUGCACGAAUGGAUGCAUUCCAAAAUAUUGUAUUAAUUAUUUAUCACAAAUUGAAUGUCCAACAGAUUGUAAUUGUGGAGACAAUUGUCAAAAUAGAGUUUUCACAAAAAUGGCCUACCCAGAAUUAAUUUGUUUCCAAUCUGAUACAAAGGGGAUUGGUGUGAAAUGCAAUCAAGAUGUCAUCAAAAAGGGCACUUUCAUAACUGAAUAUGUAGGAGAAGUAAUUUCAGUGGAUAAGUUCGAAACUAGAACUAAAAGAAGUUACAAAAAGUCAUUGCAUCAUUAUUGCAUGAAUAUGAAUGAAAAUGAAAUUAUUGAUGCCACUUGGAUGGGGAAUAUUGCUAGAUUUAUUAAUCAUUCUUGUGCACCAAAUGCACGUACUCAAACAUGGGAUGUUAAUGGACAGAAUCGUGUAGGAAUAUUUGCCAUUAAAGACAUUGUGAAAGGAGAAGAGAUUACAUAUAAUUACAACUUUUUAAUUUAUAAUGAUGAAACAAAACAACAAGAAUGUAAAUGUGGAGCUCCAAAUUGUCAAGGAGUGAUUGGUACAAGAAUAGUAGAUGAAGAUGAAGAUAGUGACUCAUCCAGUGGAUUAGUUGCCAUGCUCUCUGGAUCUGAAGAUGAAGAGUACGACAGUGAUGAUAUUUAUUUGCAAUACAUUAGCGAUUAA